AUGGCGUCCGCCGCAAGAGAUAUCAGAAACAACCAGGAAAGGUUCGCUCGAUAUGUUUCUCGCAGUUUGAGCUUUUCUACCUCCCCCACCGCAAUUUUCCACUCCCCGCCAUCGAGUCACGGCAUGGCGCAAGCGGCAAAUGCAGCAGCCCUUAAACCACUAAAGCCGUUCGCAUCAGGUGACAUUAAAAUAUUACUGCUGGAAAACGUAAAUCAGACGGGAAGAGAUAUUCUGUCAAAACAGGGCUAUCAGGUUGAGUUUCUAAAGUCUUCGUUACCAGAGGAUGAACUGAUUGAGAAGAUUCGGGAGGUACAUGUCAUUGGCAUACGAUCAAAGACCAAGCUGACUGCACGGGUGCUCAAAGAGGCUCGCAAUCUCAUUGUCAUCGGCUGCUUCUGUAUCGGAACCAACCAAGUUGAUCUCCAAUAUGCUGCUACCCAUGGCAUAGCUGUUUUCAAUUCACCCUUCAGCAACUCACGCAGUGUUGCGGAGUUGGUCAUCAGUGAGAUCAUUGCGCUGGCUCGUCAACUAUGCGAUAGGUCAAGCGAAAUGCACAAUGGGAUGUGGAAUAAAGUGAGCAGUAAAUGCUGGGAGGUGCGGGGGAAGACACUUGGAAUCGUGGGCUACGGCCACAUUGGAUCCCAGUUGUCCGUACUAGCAGACGCAAUGGGUAUGAAUGUGAUCUACUACGACGUUAUCAAUCUGAUGGCGAUGGGAACGGCGCGUCAAGUUCCCACCUUGGAUGACCUUCUCAAAGAGGCCGACUUUGUCAGCUUACACGUCCCAGAACUCCCUGAGACCAAGAAUAUGAUCGGUCCGGAACAGCUGAGCCAGAUGAAGCGAGGAAGCUAUCUUAUUAACGCCAGCCGCGGAACCGUCGUUGACAUCCCUGCCUUGAUCCAUAAAAUGCGAACUGGAGUAAUUGCUGGAGCUGCUCUUGAUGUCUAUCCCAACGAACCAGCGGGUAACGGCGACUAUUUCAACAAUGAUCUCAAUCAAUGGAGCAUGGACUUGAGGAGCUUGAGGAACUUGAUUCUGACGCCACAUAUAGGCGGGAGCACUGAGGAAGCACAGAGCGCGAUUGGCAUUGAGGUUGCUGAGGCGCUCGUGCGCUAUGUAAAUGAAGGUGUGACUGUAGGGGCUGUCAAUAUGCCUGAGGUGAAUCUGCGGUCGUUGACGAUUGAAGAGCCCAAUCACGGACGAGUCAUCUUCAUCCAUCAGAAUAUUCCUGGCGUGCUCCGGAAGGUGAACGAAAUCCUUGGCGAUCACAAUGUUGAUAAACAGAUGACAGAUAGUCGCGGCGAUGUUGCAUAUCUGAUGGCAGAUAUCAGCGACGUUAGUACCAGUGAUAUUAAGGAUCUGUACGAAAAGCUCGAGAGUUUGCCAUCACGUACACAUACUUGUAUACUUAACAAAGUUUACUAG